AUUGGAGGAGCCAGAUUGUGCCAAUUAAUGGCUUAUUGCUCUUUUAUUUAAGCAACCAAAUCACACGGUUCAAGAAACAACGGAAGAGGCAGAGAGUGAGGUCUGAGACUGAGAGAGCCAAAAGCGAGCGAGGAACAAGUCAAACACUUCCAAUUUCCAAAAGCCAUUCUUGCCUUUUCUCUCUAAAUUCUCUCCGUCGUUUCCUUCUCCUCGCUUCGCGUUGGAACCGCGCCUUUGAGCGGUGCCACUCGUUUUCCCUGUUCAAAGUUUCGAACGGCUCGUCGUUUUGGCGGUGAUCAUGGAAGAUACAGACAGCUGCAGUAGCAGAGCCGUGGAUUUCGCGCCGACUCUUAGUCGGCAGCAGAGGCAGAAGCUCGAUGUGUACAAUCAAGUUCUUCAUCGUCUCAGAGAGUUGAGCUUCGCAGAGACCAGUCUUCCUGGUUUUGAGGAUGAGCUUUGGGCGCAUUUUAAUCGCCUCCCUGCUAGGUAUGCAUUGGAUGUGAAUUCCGAGAGGGCACAAGACGUUCUUACGCACAAAAGAUUAUUGCAUAUGGCACGCGACCCUGCCACCAGAUAUGCAAUUGAAGUCCGAGUCGUGGAGGUUCGUUUUUCUACUGGUGGCAAUUGUAGUUAUUCUUUUCAUUCGAACUCUCAAAGAAAAGAGGAUGCUCAAUGUUCUGAUCAUUCCAGCGAAAAGUGUGCUCAUCCACCACCUGCCUUUGGUUCGUCAACUGAUGUCGAACCAAAUCUUGAAGUCAACCACUUGCAUGUUCAAGAUACGCAAAAUGGCACGACUGAUAUUCGUCUUUGUUCCCGGGCAAUGCAUGAAAUUACAAUUUCAACAAACGACAAGCCCAAGCUUUUCAGUCAGUUACAGAAACAUCUACUUCUUUGUGCCCUUACCCUUCUUUCAUACGUAUCUUUGUCACCGCCAAAGCAUGUUCUCUGUAAUUCAUAUGCCGUAAGACACAGAUUGCAACAGAUCAGGCUUCUGCAAGAUCUGAUGGUGGAUAGAAUAGUUGAUUUGAUACUUAUAUGUGGAACUUCCAAAAGUAAUUUACUAUUGAGUUCCUUACUGUCUGAUGUUGGGCUGAACAUUCAAGAAGCACAUGCUUUUUCCACUACAGAUGGCUACUCUUUGGAUGUUUUUGUUGUUGAUGGCUGGGCACUUGAGGAGACCGAGCAGCUUAGAAAUACACUGCUAAAGAAAUUACCAAGAAUUGAGGUUCCUGUUGCUGGGGAGCAAGAGCAAACUGGGAUCAAGUUUAUCUCUAAUAAUGUAAAUGUAUCCACUAGCGGAAUCAAUGUCUGGGAAAUUGAUACAAGCCUGUUGAAAUAUGAAAAGAAAAUUGCAUCUGUCUCAUUUUGUGACUUGUAUAAAGGUACCUUUUGUAAUCAAGAUGUGGCAAUUAAAGUUCUGAGGGCGGAGCACUUAAAUGAAAAAAUGCAGAGGGAAUUUGCUCAAGAAGCCUAUAUUAUGAGGAAUUUCCGGCACAAGAAUGUUAUUCAAUUCAUCGGGGCAUGUACGAGUCCUCCAGGGCUGUGUCUUGUCACGGAAUACAUGUCUGGUGGAAGCAUGUACGACUUCCUGCAUAAACAAAAGAGUGUUUUGACACUUCCAUCCUUGAUCAGAGUAGCCAUUGAUGUUUCUGAGGGAAUGAACUACUUGCACCAAAAUAAUAUAAUCCAUCGGGAUCUGAAAGCUGCCAAUCUUUUGAUUGAUGGAAAUGGAGUUGUCAAGGUUGCUGAUUUUGGCGUUGCUAGAAUGCAAGCGCAAUCUGGUGUUAUGACUGCAGAAACUGGAACAUAUCGUUGGAUGGCUCCAGAGCUCAUUGAACAUAAAGCGUAUGAUCACAAAGUUGAUGUCUUCAGCUUUGGAGUUUUACUGUGGGAGCUGCUUACACGAAAGCUUCCAUAUGAGCACUUGACCCCAUUACAAGCAGCAGUUGGUGUGGUCCAGAAGGGUCUGAGGCCUACAAUCCCGGCCGAUACUCAUCCAAAGCUUGUGGAACUGCUCGAGAGAUGUUGGCAGCAAGAUCCAUCUUUGAGACCAGAAUUCUCAGAAAUUGUACAAAUUUUGCAGCACAUGGCCAAGAUGGUUGAGGACGAGAGAAUGGACCGGCAGAAGCGCAAAUCAUCUAGAAGACUAUCUGCUUUUGGGCAGAGCAGCCAUUGAAGCGGCAAGUGAGAAGGCUGUUUAUAACACACUAACGAUCUUAUUUCACUUUAUAUUUUCUUGAUUUGGUACAUAGUUUUGUAAAUCUAAUUAUGACUAGUGCAUCAUCCAAACACUUUUGUCAGCCGAACCAUGGAAAUGCUGUUCAGUUUGUCACACACAGACACCAUAUGUUAAUAAGAAAAUUGCUAAACUGUCUAGAAACUAGUUCUCAUU